AUGGAUCACCCUAGAAACUACGACCUCCCACCCAACUUCAGCGAAACAUACAAGAAACUUUGCCGAACCUUUGCAGAGAGGCUAGAUCAGCAAGUUACUAUUCUCAGUAGUCCGCAACCCGACCGGCUCCAGGUUAUGUUGGAGAUAAGAGAUCUUGCUUCACUCGUCGGGCAAAUUGGAUAUCUUGGAUGGGUUGGAGGCUCGGAUAUUCCUGAUCGUCGUCGAGUUCUCCCAAAAUACGGAUAUAAGCCUCUGAAGGACAUUUGCGCUACUAUUAGCGGCAGCUUAGAUCAACUAGCGGUUAUGCUUGCCGUCGAUGAUAGAAAUGAUGUUGUUGUUGCGAAUGAGUUGGAAGAAAUCUUGAAUAGCUUGCCUUUCGAGAAAGUAGCGGUAUAA